UAUCGGGAGUGCUCCGCAGUGUCCGGUUUCUGGAAAACAAAGGGUCUCUCUUGCAGGAGGUGCGGGGCGGAUCACAAAGGAAGAGGGUAUGAGCGAGGGAUACCCGCUGGUUUCUGGGUUCUGGAUGAAGGAAUCAUGAGCCUCUCCAAAGACACAGGAAAUCGCUUUUUACCCUCUGAAAUGAUUGGCAUGGACUACGGCAGUUGAAGGAGGCUUGUCGCUAACAACUUUCCGAGAACAAUUAUUGAUCGGCAUCGCCUACUCGGCACGAAUACACGCCCUGUGAUUCAGGUAGCCCUAACCGAUAUAAACCACGACGAGGCAGUUUAGAUAUCUUUACACAAGGUUUCUGGUGAUUCUGUAAAAUGGGGUCCGUGUGAAAAUUCUUGAACUUCGCUGCGUCCUGCCUGAUCGCUAUCUCCAGGACCAGACUUCCUCGGACGCUCAAUAUCGGCUUAAAAACAGGUUUUGGAUAUUCGUCUUAAUAUGGAAGGUUUUGGAUGGGAAAGCCGAGCACUUGUCCCAUUUCUCUUUGGAAUUAUCAUCAGUUUGCUUUGUACCAUCACUCAGUCAGCUAAUGUAUUAGUUGUACCUGUCGAUGGAAGUCAUUGGAUCAACAUGAGAAUUCUCUUGGAGGAACUGAAACCUCGUGGACACAACUUCACGGUGAUUUAUAUUGAGGAAAGUUGGUAUAUCAAUGAAAGGCCCAACCUAUAUCAAUCUAUCGUAAUUCCACUGAAAAACAUUGAAGUAAAGGAUAUAGUUGAAAUAUAUCUUCAUAAAACACUGCAGCUUGGGCAGGAUGGGUGGAGCUUCAGUGACAAUAUUGAGUUCCAAUCUGUAAUUCUACAACUUGUGCAGCGCUGUCAGAAGAUUUUCCAUUUGACUACUAGUGAAAUAUUUCAAAACAAAACAUUACUAAGCCAACUUGAAAAGGCAAACUUUGACCUGGUGCUUUCAGACCCUUUUUUUGUUACUGGAUCAAUGCUUGCUUAUUAUUUAAAACUUCCUUUGGUGUAUAAUGUUCGAUGGUUAGAAUCUGGUGAGGCUCACUUCUUGUUUGUCCCAUCCCCCCUUUCUUAUGUCCCAAUCUUAGGCUCAAACCUAACAGACAAAAUGUCCUUUCUUCAAAGAACACAAAACUUCAUCCAACAUCUAAUCUUUCAAUCCAUUGUAGAACUUACCAUUUAUCCCAAAUACAAUGAGCUCUGUCAUCGAUAUUUGGGUCCAGACACAGAUAUCAAGACAAUUCUGCUGAGGGCUGAUGUGUGGCUGAUGAGAGUCGAUUUUGUACUUGAAUUCCCAAGACCCACCAUGCCAAAUAUUGUCUACAUUGGAGGCUUCCAGUGUAAACCAGCCCAACCAUUAGCGGCAGAGUUUGAAGAGUUUGUUCAAAGCUCAGGAAAGCAUGGACUUAUAGUGAUGUCAUUAGGAUCUUUUAUCCAUUCCUUGCCAAAGCAGAUUACAAUGGAAAUAGCUGAGGCAUUUGCUCAAGUACCCCAGAAGGUGAUUUGGAGAUAUGAUGGAGAAAUCCCUCCCAAUGUAGGUAAUAAUACACUACUGAGAAAAUGGAUCCCUCAGAACGACCUUCUGGGACACCCCAACACCCGAGUCUUCAUUUCGCACGGUGGUACCAAUGGUAUUUACGAGGCCAUCUACCACGGGGUGCCAGUGAUUGGCAUGCCUCUAAUUUUUGAUCAGUUUGACAAUUUACUUCGACUUGAAUCCCGAGGUGCAGCAAAGGUGCUUAAUGUUGCAACCAUGCACUCCACAAAUCUAUUGCAGGCACUUCAUGAGGUGAUAAAUGGCACAUUUUACUGGGACAACAUGAAGAAACUCUCUGCCCUCCACCGGGACCAACCAGUGUCCCCAAUGGAGCGAGCCGUUUUCUGGAUUGAGUACGUUGCCCGACACAAAGGAGCAGGACAUUUGCGUUCUGAAUCCUACCGACUGCCCUGGUAUGCUUACUAUUGUGUGGAUGUGAUGGUCUUACUGUUGUCCAUGUUACUCAUGGCAAUAGUGCUGGUGGUUGUAGCACUGAAGAGACUUUGUCACAUUGCAUGGAAGAAAAAGCAAAAGAAUGAAUAAGGUUUCUCUCAUUUGUGUUGGAAGAUGGUGUUUUAAAUUUUUUCCACUUAAUGAAAUAGGAUUUUCUUGUUUUCAAUACAUGAAGCCUACUUUUCAGAUAUUGUAAAUGUAGCAAACCUCUUAAAAAUUAGUGAAAUAUAUCAGUGGAUUUAAAUCUUUUGUACAAAGAUAUGAACAGGAACAAAAUACAAAUACCUAAAUCAAAUCAAACAGGAAAACUCAUGUUUAUGUAUGAUUAUUUAAAAUAUGAUAUACUAACUUGUAAUUCAUAUACUACCAUAAAAAACAUGGAAUUCUGUGCCUGAAAGACUACUCUCCAAACUAUUCUGUCAUGUCUCCACCAAUUGACAAAUGGUAAGAAGUCACAUUGCUGUCCCUUUACAAUUCGUCAUAGCUGCCCAUUCCAGGUCUUCGUCACCAUUGUUGUAGGCCAUGAUUUAACAGGCAAAAAUGUCCCUCUUUGGUUGUUUGAGCUAGUUUGCAAUAUUUCCUCAUCAAAUGCAUAUGCACCUGGAGUCACUCCGCUCAGCACAUCAUUUUUGGUAACUUCGCCAUUUACACAGGAGGCACAUCUUUCCCUACCCCCACCCCCCCAAUCUCACGCUCCCUACACUUUCUCUUUGUGACUCUCUUCUUUACCUAUUCCUCCCCACUGGUUUGUCUAUCUGAAGCUGAUGAAUGAGUAAUGGAGUUUUCUUCAUCACAUAACUAAAUGAAGUAUCUUCCAACUACACUUUCUGGUCAAUAACCCUGGGCAUUAUUAUGCAAGUAUCUGACUGAAGCUCUGAUAAAGGAGAAUUAAUUACAGAUAGAUAUAUACAAUGUUGGAGCUGAGUACAAUUUCAUAAGCACAAGAGAUUCAGCUGGAAUUCCAGAGUAAUAUUCACAAAUGCUGGCAGAACUCAGCAGGUCAGACAGCCUCGAUACUAACAAAAGAACAUUACACCAUUUUGAGGUGAGGCCCUUCAUCAGCACUGUUGAUCCUUUUUGACUGUUUAUUCAUUUCCAUUGAUGCUGCCUGACCUGCUGAGUUCCUCCAGUAUUUUGUGUGUGUUAUCCUAUCAGACCGAGUUAGGGAAUUGGAGCAGGAGCUGGAUGAACUACGGAUCAUUCAGGAGGUAGAGGCAGAGAUAGAUAAGAGUUAUCAGCAGGUAGUCACACCAAAAAGACAGGAGAUAGGCAAAUGGGUGACAGUCAUGAGAGGCAGGUGAAGCAGACAGAGAGAGCAGAGCACCCGUGUGGCAGUUCCCAUUAAGAAUAAGUAUACUGUUUUGGAUACUGUUGGUGGUGAUGACCUACAUUGAACAAGUUGCAGUGGUCCUGUCUCUGGCACUGAGGUUGGACCCUUGACUGGGAAGGGGAGGAGGGAAGAGAAGAGAGCGGUAGUGAUAAGGGAUUCUGUAGUCAGGGGGGCAGAUAGGAGAUUUUGUGGAGAAGAUCGGGAGUCUCCGAUUGUAUGUUGCCUCCCUGGUGCCGGGGUCCGGGACAUCUCAGAUCGGGUGCAGGUUAUUCUCGAGAGGGAGGGCAAGACCCCAGAUGUUUUGGUCCAUGUAGGGACCAACGACGUGGGUAAGAUGAGUGAAGGGGCCCUGCGUAGUGAGUUCAGGGUGUUAGGUGCAAAGUUGAAGGGCAGGACCUCCAGGGUAACAAUCUCAGGAUUGCCACCUGUGUCAUGUGCGAGUGAGGCAAGGAACAGAAGGAUUAUACAGAUUAAUAUGUGGCUGAGAGGAUGGUGCAGGAGGGAGGGCUUCAGGUUUUUAGAUAUUUGGGCUUUGUUCCAGGGAAGGUGGGAUCUGUUCCGACGGGACGGUUUACACUUGAACUUGAGCGGUACUAACAUUC